GACAAUGAGUUGUUUCUCUUGUCUCAACACACGAACCAAUGACAUGCCAAUUGAUACCCUUUAUUACGUUACCGAUAAUUCCUCAGUUGACACAAGAAGCGAUUCAACAAGAGCAGGGUCCAAAUCGGGAAUUUUAGUUAAUGGGAAAGUGAAUAGCCCUAAACCCGGCGGUGGCGCACGGAGUUUCACGUUCAAGGAGUUAGCCGACGCAACGAAGAAUUUCAAGGAGGUGAAUAUGAUCGGAAAAGGAGGAUUCGGGAGUGUCUACAAAGGACGUUUAUAUUCAGGACAGGUGGUGGCGAUCAAGCAAUUAAACCCAGAUGGGCAUCAAGGAAAUCAAGAAUUCAUAGUUGAGGUUCUGAUGCUUAGCGUUUUCCAUCAUCCAAAUCUUGUAACUUUGAUCGGUUAUUGUACUUCUGGUGCUCAAAGACUCCUCGUUUAUGAGUACAUGCCAAUGGGUAGCUUAGAAGAUCAUCUUUAUGAUCUUGAGCCUGACCAGAAACCGCUAAGCUGGAAUACACGAAUGAAAAUCGCGGUUGGUGCAGCUCGUGGGAUCGAGUAUCUUCACUGUAAGAUAAGCCCAUCUGUGAUUUACCGUGAUUUGAAAUCCGCAAACAUAUUGUUGGACAGAGAGUUUCACCCAAAACUCUCUGAUUUUGGACUCGCCAAAGCUCGACCGUAUCUCAAGGACCCAACGAAAUUCGGACAUCUUGUGGACCCGUUGCUGCGUGGAAACUACCCGAAGAAGUGUCUUAGCUACGCGAUUGCUAUUACAGAGAUGUGUCUGAACGAAGAAGCGAAUCGACGACCGAAAAUAGGAGACGUCUUGGUGGCAUUUGAGUACAUAGCCGCUCAGAGCAAAUCUUAUGAAGCUAGAAGAGCGGCUCGCAAGUCUAUGGACUCUGACCGGUCAAGAGGGGAUACUAAACAUAGAUAC